AGGUCUGAGGCUCAACCGGCCGACUUGUCACAGAGGAUGUGAUCCGCUCCCAUGUCCACGGGCUUCGGGGCCCGCAUCAACCAGGACACGCGGCAGAAGGAGUUCAGCACGGUCAACAAGGAUGGGAAGACCGUUUGGGAGCCUGGCUUGCCUGCAACUGUCACUGCACGUCGGCAGCAUCGACCUCAAAAAGGGGCCCCGGUGCCCGAAGAGGUGAGCCACGUGUCGUGCGACCUGCGGCUGACGCUGAAGCUCCCUGCCUCUGGGAAGGUGGAGUGGCUGGAGCGGGCGGUGAGGGCCAUGGGCUUCGGCAAGACGAAGAUCCAGGAUGUUUUCAACAUCAUUUCGCAUCCCAAGUUCGCUUCAUGCGUCUCAGAGAAGUACGGCAAGAGGAUGCUGCAAGUUGUCGCUGAGAACAUGGACCGCUUUUCGGAGAAGCAGCGCCUUACACUCUCCAGAUGCAAGCUGGCGGAGCUUUUCAAUGGCGAUGGAGAGGUCCCUGAAAGAGACCCGAGCCCGAGUCCACCGCGGAGACCGCGGAGGAGCCGGUCCCGCUCCAGGAUCUCCAGGACGCAGAAGAGGUCACCGAGCCGGGCUGCUUCCAGCCAAGGCUGCGUGUCUGAGUCGCCUGUGGCAAAGACAGAGGAGGACUUGGAGUGGGAGGAGACACGAAAGAAGCAGGAGGAGGAGAAGAGGCAAAUCGAAGCGCAGAAGCAGGCGCUCAAGGAUCAGGAAGCCAAGCGAAAGGCAAAGCUAGGAGCUGCCUUCCAGUUCGAGCCUGAGGAGGACCUCGAAAGCACCAAGAAGCAGCUAGCCAGCAAGCUGGUCUCCCGCAAGGAGGAGUUGCCCUCGCUGGCUCUGUCCAGGGCCUCCGCCCAGAGCGAGGGCGACCCACGCUUUGUGGAGGCCAUGGGCGGCGACAAGCUGCUGCAGGAGGCCCACAAAAUCCUCCGCAAUGCCGCGGGCAGCGGCCGUGUGGCGGCGCUCAGCCGAUCUCGCUCGAGGCGCCGAGGCGGCCGAGAAGGUCGGCCCCAUGUGCGCUCCAGCGGCAGCUACCGCUCCCCCACCCCGGAUGGCCGAGCCCGCGGCCAGGCCCGGGCAGCGCGCAAGGCCAAGAUGAUUGCCUCCCUCAUGGGCGCCAAGAAAUGAUGCUCGCGAUGCCUGGCUGGUGGCCGCAGAAGUGCAAUGCUGCGCUGGCCUUGCCUUCCUGCAAGCUCACGGCUUCCCGCCGAGGAAAAAAGCUUGAUGUUGCA